UUAUUGAAAGUGCAAUUUUAAAACAUUUGGAGGUUUGUACAAAAUAAUAUAUGAAUUGUAAGGUACAGCUUCAUAGCUUAAAAUGUGGUGAAAUUGUUUGUUAAACUGAUACAGUGUAUUUAUAGCUUGUAAUGCAUGAAUGACUUCUAUUUGUUUACAUAAAUCGCAGACAUAAAAUGGCUUACAUAUAUAACACUUCUGUUUUACAGCUAAAUGGCUAUAACAUACCUUAUGAAGGUGUCUUCCCUGCAUUUCUUUUUGCUAGCCUAAACUACAUGAUCAUCCUCUUCUGCAACCUUACACUAAUUCUUACAAUUGUGAUGAAUAAAUCCUUACAUGAGCCAAUGUAUCUCUUCCUGCUUAACCUUCCUAUCAAUGAUCUGAUUGGUUCUUCAGCACUCUUUCCACAGCUCAUUAAGGAGAUACUGGUAAACAGCAAAAGAAUGGAGUUCUCAGCUUGUGUUGCACAAGCUUUUUUCAUCCAUAUCUAUGCUGCUGGUACAGUGUUCAUUCUCAGUGCAAUGGCCUAUGACAGAUACGUUGCUAUAUGUCAUCCUUUACGCUACAACACUGUUAUGACCAAUGCUCACAUUAUGAAGAUAAUCACAUUAGUUUGGUCUUCUUGUGUGAUUUUCAUAGCUGUGCUUUUUAUUCUUCUUUUACGUUUGCGCCGCUGUAGGUCCAAACUGUCAAAUCCCUACUGUGAUAAUCCAAGUUUGCUGACUUUGGUUUGUGAAGAUAAAACCAUUAAUAACAUUUAUGGCCUUUUUAUAAGCGCUCUUUCGCAGGUGAUUGCUAACGGUAUGGUUUUAUAUACAUAUCUACGGAUCCUUAUUGCAUGCUUUAGAACCAGACAGUCAGACACUAAAGCAAAAGCUCUGCAGACAUGUGCUACCCAUCUGUUUGUCUUUCUUUUAUUGGAGUGUUUGGGUCUUUUUACCAUCAUAUCAUACAGAGUAAAGGACGUUCCGCCGCAAAUAAGAAGAUUCCUCGGGGUGUCAACAUUAAUUUUCCCUCCAACGUUAAAUCCUAUCAUUUAUGGACUAAAAACAAAAGAAAUACGUGACAAAGUCAUUAACUUUCUCAGAAUGAAAAUAGUUUAUCACUAAUGAACACAUCUCCAAACCUGAACUUAUGCAUGCUGACACAUUUGUGUCGUUUUCUAUCCUAUGUCAUAUUCACAUGACUUGUUGGUUUGCUAAUUUUUCACAAAAUUAACUGAAGUUGAUGCUGAGAAAUAAAGAGCUUAGGCUCUAUUGUCUAUUUAGUUCUUUGAAAUCU